CUUAUCAGGUGGUUGGACAACAAUCAGUUGAAGGGAUUACCACAAGACAUUUUUAGCAAAAACACCUUGCUGUCGGACUUGUAAGUUUAUACCCUGCUUUAUUUAUGCAAAAGACGCCUUUAAUCCAAAUCAACCGAACAAAAGUAAUGUUUUAUCUUCAAAUGACCGGGAGGUCUUCUUUCCUCUAAAGCUGAUGCACAGUUCCCUCGUUCCUACCUCUCCCUAUGUGCCACUCCUCGUCUCAUGAAAUGUUAAUUUUUCUUCGUAAAAUGAGCAGCCCUAGCAGUAGAUCUUUUUAGCUGUGUGAUCACGUAGUUUGUAUUGGGUAAACAAGGAUUCGAAAUGGCUGCUCAAGUAUGUACAGUAGACGACAUUUUAUGGACGAAAUUCCUUCUUCUCUUGCCGAAAUUAUUAUACUCACGAAGAAAUAACCACUCCAAUGACUGCGCUAAUAUAGAAAUGGGCGACAAUCGACGUGAAGUCCUUUUUAAAACAAAAGUUGAGAUUAUUAAAAACAAACUGAGGAGCAUAUGAUCGUUAAAGUUUAAAAAAAUGCACGAGGCCGACACAAAAAAAGGCAAAUAUAUUACACAAAGCAGGUUUCGCAGAUUUUGUGACUUAAGCUUAGAAUGAACCAAUAUUUUGCCGAUAAUUGAAUAGUUGAUUUUGUUUCACGUAAAUGUAUUCUAUAAUCUGAUUACCUGACCGGCAACCGAUCAAAGUUCUCAAACCACUAAAUGACAGGCGAUUGGAAAGAGAGCCUACACAAUCCAAAUUAUCAUAUGUCGAUGAGGAAGCGCAAAGUGAUCCCGAAGUGAUUCAUAAAUCUCAUGUCUAGCGUUCGGUGAUGCUUAACGCUGGUCUCAGAGUAUGGAGCCAUGGAUGUUGACACAUAAAAUUGAGGUCGAAUGCCGGUCACGGUUCCCAAAUAACUAAAUGACUUGCAGUUGGAAAUUUACCGAAAAUUUAUGGAAACCGAGACAGCCUAUACAUCCCAAACUAUUAUGAGCUGAUGAGAAGCUUCUGAGUGAUCUCGAAGAUAUUUAUAAAUCUCAUUUCUUAUUUCUUUGUUCGGUUUUCGCUGACUCAGAUAAUCUCCCUAAAUGAUAAUUUUUCUUCAUAAAAUGACCAGCCUUAGAAAUAAGCCUCUUUAGCUUUGUGGUCACUUAGUUAGAAAUGGGUAAAUAAGGAUUCGAAAUGGGUGCUCAAGUACGUACUGCAGACGACAUAUUAUAAACGAAAUUCUUUCUUCUCUCGCCGAAAAUUCCAUAUUCACGGACAAAUCAGCUCUCCAUUCGCCGCGAUAAUAAACAAAUGGGGGAUUAGUGAAGUGGAGUCUUUUGAAAACAACAAUUUGGAUUGAUAAAACAAACUUACGAGCACACGAUCUUGAAAGCUUACUUGAAAAAACAUAUGAAGCCGGUACAAAAGGGAGGCAAAUAUCUUACAAAAAGGAGGCUCAAGGAUUUUGUGACUUAAGCUUAGAAUGAAACCAUUUUCUGUCCAUAACUGUAAGGUUAGUUUUGUUUGACGUAAAUAUAUUCGUGCACUUUGGUUACCUAAUCGACAGCGGAUCAAAGUUCUCAAACUACUGAAUGAACGGAAGUUUGAAAUUUCUCUAAAAAUUCAACAAAUUGAGAGAGCCUACACAAUCCAGACCAUCAUAUGUCGACGAGAAACCGCAAAGUGAUCCCAAAGGGAUUUAUAAAUCUCAUGUCUAGCGUUCGGUGAUCCUUAACGCUGGUCUCAGAAUACAGAGCCAUGGACGUUGACACAAAAUUGAGGUCGACUGCCGGUCACGGUUCCCAAAUAACUACAUGACUUGCAUUUGGAAAUUUACCCAAAAUUUAAGGAAACUGAGAAAGGCCAUACAUUCCGAACGAUUAUAUGUUGAUUAGAAGCUUCUGCGCUCUCUCGAAGAUAUUUAUAAAUCUCAUUUCUAGCGUUCGGUUUCUCUGACUCAGAAUGCACGCACUAAGAAAUUCAGUGAUACUGCCCGGGAUGUUUUGUAUGCGUUUUAAUCGCAAAAAAAGAAAAAAAAAAGAAAGAAAAUAGAAGAAAAGGAAUAAAAAUUACAUCGGUUGUGAAUAUAUGGAAGUUAUAUAUUUGAACUGCGGUUAAAGACGUGAAUAUGAAAGCGAUCUUCGCAGUAAUGAACACUACUGAAGUUCAGGGUUUAUUUGGAACCAACACAGUGACCAGCUCCCACUUGGCUUGUUAGCUCAGUUGAUAGAGCACUGCACCGGUAUCGCAGAGGUCACGGGUUCAAAUCCCGUACAGGCCUUCUUUUCACUACUACUUAAGUAAUGUUUAUUACUGCGAAGAUCGCUUUCAUAUUCAAAAAUUACAUCGAAACAGAUUGGUCGGGGUACCAAUUGUUCUAGUUUCAGUCUUUCCUCUUAAGAAAUUCUUCACAGCCUACAGCUAUUCUGCAAAGUGGAGGUAACUAGCGGCACCCAGAAAUCUGUUAGCAAUCAUAAAAUAGAAAUCCUGAUAAUGAUUUGUAAUAGGAAACAACACCAGGCAUUGGGAGAACGCUUUUCUCCCUGUUGAUAUCCAUUAUUUUCCGGCGCUUAAAUUAAGGUUGUCUCCGUUGUGUCCUUUUUCCAAGCCUUUUGGGUGUAAAAUAUUUUUCAAAUUUGUUACGGGUGACAGGAAUAUUUAGUGGAUGAGGAGUGUGUACAGCAUUGAAUCAAAGAAAUUGUUUCUCUCUCGAGAGAUUUUGAGGUUACAAAUAUAAAGAAUGUAAAGAAAGUUUUAUGUGGCAAUAUAAAAUGGAAUAUGAAAGUAGCCUCGUACAAAAACCUUUAACAAAAACUUUUCUCUGAAUUCCGUGGUGAACGAUUUUGCAUUGGCGAUUUUCCCCAACAAAUUGAACUUAAACUACUUAAACAAUCCUUUCACGUAAAAACGUGAAGAAAGGAAGCAAAUGCCUUGGAUAAAAUCCGAUGCAAAUCCACGACCGAAAGGCACAAAAAUGAAAAUAUAGAAUAUAUAGUCUUGAGUGUGACAAAGGAUCGUGGUUUCUCAACUUUCGAUGAUUUGCGGAGCCAAAACAUGUUCAAUUUUUCCCUUGGUUUUAGCCUUACCCUACCACCGAAACGUACUCGUAGUAUAUACGAAACCAUUAAGAUAAUAUAGCACAUAUAUAGAGGUGAUUUUAAUGGCUAUUACCCUGCAACGGCUAAAAGCGCAAAUCUCGCGUGCGUUGCUCCGGGAUAGCUAAGCAUCGCUUUGCCGUCGUACAUAAACCACUUUGGAUGUUGAGAGAACGCGAAAAAAAUUUAUAAACAAUAAGGUGUUAGUGAAGAAUUCUUCAUUCAUAUUUCGAAACAGGUAAGAACCUCUGACUCACUUUCAAAAACGGUUUUUUUGUUUGUUUUUGGCUCUUUAAAAGUUGACAAUGGUUUUUAAAAACUUUAAAAUGACAUUGUAGUAAACUUUGUUACAAUUUGACGAUAUAUGUUUUGUUUGCGCAUAUGCGAAACAAUACCACUUAGCCUCGUUUUCAACUCGCAAUUCCACGCUAAAUACUUCGCUUCGUUGACCAAUCAGAAUGCGAUAUUUUAUUCAAUUAUGCGAUUCUGAGACUGAUCAAUAGAGCUUUUAAAGUCAUUUGAGCCGACUCGCUUUGUGUGCUGAAGAAAUUUGCCUGCUACAGUUCGCGAGACACUGACAAAUUUGUACACAGUUUAUGUCACUUCAUUCAUGACCAAUAGUGUAACCAAAUUCGAUAGGUAUCCAAUUUGAUGAUAAAGAAUGCUGUUUUAUCAGCCUGAGAAUAAACCUACAUUUUCUCACUCAUGAAAAUAUCUUUAACGUAUCGGUGGAAGUUAAAUAGGAACUGGUCUUAUAACUAGGUGAUAAACAGUUAUAAACAAAAUAUGAGUGUGUUUUUUUUAAUUUCUGCUCCCGCUUUCCGCCCUAAAAUAGAUCCCUCUCCUGCCGUCUGCUCUCCCCGGGCUCCCUCCCCCGUCCCCCCUGUCCCCCCUGUUACAAUUGUCUCCCUCCACUAAGGCCAAAAACCUAAGUAAAAACUGACAACCUCACAGAUAAAGGUCUUACCUCAGUGGCACAGUUCGAAGAGGCCGCCUCUGCGCAUGUUCAAAAAUUAAAUUUCCCUUAUGGAAACUCAGAUUGUGCCGAGUGUCAAACAGUCGUAACACCAGAAAAUUUUCCCUACUCUUUUCUGCCAAAGUCUCUCUAUUCCAGACAUUCUCUAUUAUUAAUUCAAUAUUUUCCCCUUUCAAACUUCUUUUAAUAUCUUUCAUAUUUUAGGCCCUUAUACCAGAGCAUGUUAAAAGAAGUAACGAGUUUAUUUUUCUAGCCUCUUAUUCUCUGAACUUUGUUGUUGUAUACCAUGCAAUUGAAAAUACAUUGAUAUAUUUUUGAUAGGCGGUUGAACAACAACCAGCUGAAGAGUUUACCAUCAGGCAUUUUCAGCAACAAUACCCAGCUGUACCGGCUGUAAGUCUGGAGUCUUUCUCAAUAUUGUUUUAAGAGGAACGCAUGGAAUCCAACCUUCAAAGCAGACAUUUGAAUGCGUGGGUGAUAUCGCAUAUUCAAUAUACGAAAAACGUUUCAAAGAACUUUUUCCAGUAUGGGUCAUAUCUUAAUAAAGCUGCAUUAAUACCUGGACUAGGAAAAAGUUCUUUGAAACGUCUAUUGGUUUAGGAAAAUUCGUACGCUAAAUAGAUUAUCAAAGAAAAAUUUGUAAGGAAAUUUAGUAAAGGAAUCAUUGUAUUAUUGAAUGUUCACCUUCGAUUUCCCUCUCAUUCUUAACCAGUCUAGUAAUCAAGUCAAGAAUAUUCUAUGCAGUUCAGUGUUCAGAUAUGUGUUUUCCUCUGAUCUCUCUCCUUUAAACAAAGAGAAGAAGAAAAAGAAAAAAAAAACAAGAACAAAACACGAACAAAAACAAUCAGCCUUGUGAGUCCUGUAGCCUAGUCAAAAAGUGAGAGCCAAUUUUAAAUGCGCGCGUCAAAACACUCGAAGUGCAACAACUGAAAAUGAGAAUUUCAAAAUGUGAUACGCACUCUUAAUUUCUCUUCAAGAGUCUAUGAAAAAAUAUUGCGGUAUACCCUAAAUUUACAAAUGUUAAUCUGAAAAAAAUGAUUGAGAGGCCAGGAGGGAGUACUAAUCCAAUUGACCAGUUCUUCCUAAAUCCAGACCCAGCAUUCGAGCGUCUCUGAAUCAUCUUACCUCAAGCUUAGUGGAGUAACAAAAUACCACUGGUAAACACCUCAAUAUAUCACGGUGGUAGAUGACUCACUAGCUCCUGCGGAUCUGAAAAGUUUUUUAUAGAGAUAUCCAGGUCCCUAUAACCGUAAUUGAAUUUAACCACUGCUGGUUAUAUUUCUAAUAAAGUAGAUAUAGGAAUACGGGCAAUAUGAGACCUGUGAGGAAACCUUAUUUCUUGAAAAAUGAUAUUCCAUGCUGGAAUAUAUCUAAACAGAACAAGAAACUUCCUAAAUUAUGGUUGCGCUCGAUCAGCUUUAUUUGAACUAAACCAACUGCAACCAGAAAUUUGUUAGCGAUCAUAAAAUAACAAUUCUGAUAAUAAUUUGUGAGAGGAAACAAAACCAGGCAAAGGGAAAAAGUUUUUCUCACUGCUGAUAUCCAUUAUUUUUGAGCGCUCAAACUAGGGUUGCUUCCAUUGUGUCCUUUUUCCAAGCCUUUUGGGGGAAAAUAUUUUUAAAAUCUGUGAGGGGUGGCAGGAAUAUUGAGUGGAUGAGAAGAGUGUACAACAUUGGACCAAAGAAAUUGUUUCUUUUUAACUUAUUUUGUUUACUCGCGUUACACUAUUUUCCUUUCACAAAAUUUAUUUAAGCUGUCUCAGCUUGAAUUAAAAUUGCCUUGAAGUCGUCGUUAAAUUUACAAAACUGUUUAGAACACUUAAACUUGGAAAAAAUUAUCAAGUGAAAGUUGAAAUGGCGGACAGCAAAAAGAAUCGUUAUAGGUCUUGAGUACGCAUUUACAUGAGAAGAGUUUUUUUUUACUUAUCAUGUACAUAAGAUUCUAAGAUAUAUGUAAAGGAAAAUGCAUUUAGUUUGUCGGUACAAUUUUCUUGAACCAAGAACAUAGCAAGUUUUUCCCUUCUUGGCGAGUAGUUUGAGGAGCUCUAGUCGAGGCUUUCUAAAGGUCUUUGACUUUAAAACACCUAAAACGGAGCAAUCUUGUUGUAAAACUGAAUUUAAAAUUAAGUGAUCCCGAGUUAUAAACCUCAGCGCUCGGUCAUGUUUAACCCAGGUCUCAGAGUACGGAUCCAUGGAUGUUGGCACUUAAUUAGAAAUUGCAAGAGCACGAAUGCCGGUCACGAUUCUUAGAUAACUAUAUGACCUGCAGUUGGAAAUUUACUUAUUUAUCGAUGUAUUCCAUCCAAACUGGCGUAAAAACAGGAGUCUAACUACUAGAAGGCAUCAAAAUGGCUGCAGAUGUCAAAGAAAAGCUUGAUAUAUGGCGAUACAGCAGGACUUGCUCUAAAGUUUUAAUUUCUAUUAUUUUUUCCUUUAUAAUCUUUUAAGUAUAUUAUAUCAUGCAACGAUUUUAUGCUGUGUGUUGAUAUUUACUCCGUAGAUAGCGAUAAUUUUUCGAUACUCUGCAGCGCAAAAGCCAGAUAGUUGUGUUUAAGCUUAUCGAAGACUUAUAGACACUUUAUAAGCGCGGGAUUUCCACCACUCUUUUUCUUUCCACGGGUGGCUGAGUGUCAUUAUUGGUCAAGUAUGUUCGACUAGGGGCUGGUCUUUGGGUAGAGAUUUGACUUGCGUCCAGGCCUACCGAGUUGUAACUGUCUCCGGGUUUCACAAGAACUUCUUACCGCGGGUUUUCUGGACUUUAAAAAAGGCUGGUCAUUUAAAAUUCUCUCUGGAGGGUUACAGAGGAGAGCCUAACACCCGUAAGAAGCUUCUGUCUCAUAGAGAGCUUGGGCCACGUGUACCUGAGUUUCACUCGGCGAGUGUAGUCGUCAAUUGUACUCUGCAUCACAGUUUUCGUUCUUACAUCAUUGAUAGCUUUUUCACCCGAUUGACUAUCCUUGCCAGUAUUUCUCAGAGAAAAGAAGAGAAAGAAAUCUUAAAUGCGUGUUUUCUACAUUACAUUAUCAAUGAAAAACUCAGUGUAAAGAAGGAAACGCUGGGAUCGUUUUCCUUCACACCAUCUCUUUUUUCUUGUCUAGUCUCUUUACUAAGUCAGCUACACUGGUUAAUUUCACAAUUCACAAGUCUUUCGGUGAUAAGUAUCCAUAAGAACAGAGAAAUGCCGCAAGAUGCAUCUUUAAAAGAAAGCAAUUUCCUGAAAAACUAGACAAUAACGUGACGUUACACAGCAUAUAUGUGUACACCGUGAAUCAAUUCAACGCAGAGUCAGGUCAAACGAAGAGAGCUGAAGUCUAUAUUUUACCCGUUGCUCUAUGCGGUAAUAAGUGUCAGAAAGAUCAUGGAAGAGUAAUAUUUUUAACGAAUCAAUCUUUCCUGAAUAUUUCAUGUAGCUGAGAGGAACAUGAAGCCUUAGUUACAACAUUAGUUUUCGAAGCUCUCAAUAAAGCCGUCUUGAGAUAUAAACAUCGUUCGCUUUAACCAUCAGAAUCAAGCAACAAAGGUAUUUCCAGAUCGAACUGCUGUUGCGUUGAUAUAGAUGUUACGACCAGUUAAUGUCGAGGGGAAAUUUCCAUCGAGCACACCAUGCCCGGCGAAAGGCAUCAAGAAUCUAACAUUAUCUUUUUCACUCUUUUUUCUUUAAUAACUCGGUUCUCCAGUAGACGAUAUAGUACACAACGAUUACAAUACUAUCGAGUGAAUAUCCCGAACGGUAUUUAUUUGUCGAGACAACUCUAUCGAUGGAAUCGAAAAAUAAUGCCGAAACUAAUUAUAAGUCUUCUUGUCUUGAAAAAAAUACGAAUUUACAUAAAAUACAAAUGCUCUUUUCAACGAGCAAUUCUUCGUUUUUAUCAUGUAAAAACAUUAUCUUUGGCCCGUCAAAAGCGAGCGCGCCAGACCAAAAUAUACAGCGUGCAUUUUCACGGAGUUCGGUCAUUUUCUUGCUGACUACUGUACUCCUACUCUUGGGACAAAACUCGACGUGUUUGGUCUCUACUUCUGUUUUGAUUCAUUUAAAUAUAUCAAUUUUAACUUAAAAAUUACUCUACCUUUAUUGUUAAGUGAGCAAACCUCCGUUUUAGGUAAAGUUUUUGAGUUUAUUUUUCCCGCUAGAGUGCUAAAUAAACAAAUCACUGUUUACAAAGAUACCAGCUCUGUCGACGUGUUUUUAGCUGAAAUUGGCCUGUCGCCUAUAUUGGUCUUUUAUUUACAAUCUAUCCGACUGGCAUAAUUUUAGAGUAAAUCACAUGUAACUAUAAAUGUUGUUGUAAAUACGUAAGUGUGAGCUAAAUAAAAUCUUCGCACACAUAAAAUAUUCGAAACAUGUCAGUUGUCGCAAGAAAAUACUCGCUUGUGCAUGAACCUCGUGUAUACAUUCCGUGUUUUGCUCGAUUGCUUUUAAUAGAUUUCUACCACUGUCACUGUAAUUAAAAUAGCAUGUUUGUGUAGUCCACCUGUUUAGAAACAACCGACUGGAAGAAAUUACGCCGUUAACUACUGGCGUAAAAUCUUACAUACAGACACAACUGACUGGAAGAAAUUACGCCGUUAGCUACUGGUCUAAAAUCUUACAUACAGACACAACUGACUGGAAGAAAUUACGCCGUUUGACGACAUUUGACCUGACUCACUUUGGUCGCUGGAAAAUUUUCUACUGAUACAGCUUGCAAGAGACCGACAAAUUUGUUGAGUUUUCAUGACGUCGCAUCUAUGACCUUUGACGUAAUAAAGAAACGAAUAGGAAAUUUUCUUUCUGGGUGGGCAUUAAAUGGUAGAAAAAAACUUUGCUGGGUUCGGCUUCUCAAAGGUUGCGAUUUCCAUAUUUGCUCCCGCUUCCUGCCGUCUCCAGCCCCUGUUCUCCUGGCGCUCACCCCCCCUCCACUAAUGUAGAACAAAUAAUUUGGGGCGACCAAAAGAUUUGAUCCGGUAAAUUGGCCGCACAAAAGCUGACAAGGGAUAACGAUUUACGCCUUUACUACGGCUUUAAAACUUCAUAGGUAUGGGGCGUAAUUACCAUAAGAAAUAAAUGUUUAAUUAUGAUAUCCACAAUUUCAGUUAUGACAUUGAGAUUUGCAAUUGUGCUAUUCCAAUGUGACGCCUUAAUAUGCUAUUUGGUCCUUGUGUUAUGACAUUAUGCUAUCACAUUUGACUAUUAUGCUUUUACAAUGUGCUGAUUUGUCACUGUACCUUGGCGUUCGGCUGUUACACUUUGCUAUUUUGCCAUUGUAUUCUAGUAUUCUUCAAUUUUGACAUAGGGAAUAGCAGUUUUUCUGUUGUGAUUUGUCAUUUUCAUAGCGUGUGUUUCGUUAUGGUGUUUUGUCAAGGUAACAUGCAGUUCGGCAUAACACUCAGAAACGAGUUUCGGACAAGAUAAAUUAUUUCCUGCCAAAAUUAUAAUUAUGUUAAUUUAUUUCUUCUCUGUUGCCCUGUCUUGGUUGGAAACAUGGGCUUUUCGCGAAAAAGAGUGGUGAAUUUAUAAUUAUUAGAAGAGGCGACCCGUGUUAAUAGAGAACACACAUCCCAGGGUCCCGAAAAUGGUCCUCCAAGGUACGGUGCAGUAGCCAGUGCAGUGAACGGACGGAAAACCGACGGACAUGUACUGGAAAAUUCUCGAAAUUUGUUUCAGCCGUACACGGCUCGCGCAAGGUCAACCAGUUUCUCAAGCAGCAGCAGACAGCAGUCAGCGUCGUCAGCUCCAACUACUAAAUGAAGGAAACGGAACACAACAGAAGUCGGAAAACAACAGAAGUGUUCUUCAAACGAGAUAAAUGGACCCACGAUGUACUGCAUGUAAGCAAUAUAAGCAUGUAAGCGCCGGUCACGGCUGCACGCGUUUAGAGUUCGCCUCGGCAAUUUCAACGAAAAUCUCAGUCUUCUCCUUAAGCCACAUCUCACGAUAAAUGAUUUCUGGAACGUAUGUGCGCCCCUUCUGUUCGUAUGUAGUCCGUUUAGAGCUCCAUUUUGGAGUAAUUUUCAUCGCAAUCCUUGGAACCGCUCAAGCAUCACGACCCUCGCAGAGUCAACGGAGCGGAGUUACAUCUCUUCACGGAUUCUUUUCUAACGAAGUGACACACUCUUUCCCCUUUACGAUGGCCGUAGGCUAUCCAAAGAGAGGGAGAAGAGCUGGCGUGAAGACAAGAGCCGAAGAAGCUAGGAAACAGUUUAACAUUCCUGUGAUUUCGUCCCCGUGUUUUCAGUAUGCAAAUCUGCAUCUAACGCGAGGAUUGAAUUUUAAUAACCUUGUCGCAGUUUCCAAGACGAAAUCUAGCCAUCAAAACCGAGCGUCAGUCCAUUUCGUCCCUAGAGUAAUGCUAGCGAAUACUAUGUCCUUAGUUCCGAAGCUAGAUGAGGUUCAAAAACUCUUAUUACGGCUAAACGUUCAGGUCGGAUGCAUCGUGGAAUCUUGGCUGAAACAACAUAUUAAUGACUCUGUUGUAAACACUGAUGGUUAUAAUAUCGUCCGAAAGAUCGAUCCUCUCACGAACAUGGCGGCGUAUGUAUAUAACAUUCAACAUCAUAUCAAGUUCGAAAUCCCCGAAAAUUUACAAUGCUGCAACGAUCACGAAAUAAUAUGGCGGAAGCUUAAUCCACCAAGAACCCCUUGCGGGUUUUCGUGUAUAAUAUUUGGCCUUGUUUACUACCCCGGUCGGACUAGUCCCGCAGAAUCCGAUCCCCAUAUCCUGAAUGACCAUCUCUUCGAAAGUCUAACUUUGGCAGAAGCUGCACUUCCCAACUGUGGGAUUAUUCUCACGGGAGAUUUCAACCGUCUCAAUACAAGCCGCCUGCAAGCUCAAGCAACUCGUGAAAUUCCCUACGAGAGGGAACGCAACGCUCGAUUUAUUUUUAACUAACAUGGGUGAUCAUUUUGCAACUCCUGAGCCGUAUCCACCCUUUGGGCUCUCGGAUCAUUGCACAGUUUUCGUAAGACCUAAGGAACGAAUCCCGAACCAGAAAACAAGGAAAUCCAUCUCAAUCAAGGAACGAACGGGACAGUAACAAGGCCGUUAUUUUAGGAACAUUGACUAGUCAUGCGUCACAUAUCAACCGUCCUGCGAGGAAAAGUUUAAAGUCUUCAGUAAUCUAGUGGACACUAUGGAAACUAUGCCAAGGGAAAUACUACGCUUCCAAAGUCCAAGAUCUUAAAGGUGUAAGCCCUCGUUCGUGGUGGGAAGAGGUUAACAAGCUUAGUGGCGCAAAGAGUCAGAAUGUGAACCUACUAAACGCCCUAAACGUCCCGGACUUGGAGAAUUUGUCCGCGCCUGAAAUCGCCAACGGUAUCAAUGAGGCCCUAUUAAAACCGUUGCGUCAAUUUUAACCAUUAAACCGAGAGCAGGGUGUUUACCCGCUACCAUUAAAGGACAACCCGGUGUUUCUAGAAGCCACCCCAGAGCGAGUCUAUGGAAAUUUGUUACACCUGAAUAAACACAAGGCCCCAGGCCCCGACGGCCUGUCUAACUGGUUCUUAAAGGAGUACUCGGAACUGCUAUACCAACCAAUAGCUGACAUUCUUAACUCAUCAUACAAAGAGCAGAAAUUACCAUCUGUUUGGAAACACGCGGACGUUACUCCACCCCCGAAAGUAAGACAAGUCGUAGAUCCCAAGAAAGAACUCAGACCGAUCUCGCUAAUCGCAUCGCUUUCCAAGGUUGCAGAGGACUUCGUAGUAUCAGAUUACAUAAUACCAGCCUUAGAGAGGAUAGCCGAUUCAAACCAGUUUGGCACCGUAUCAGGUUCAUCCACUGUCUUCGCUCUGUUAAGUAUGAUCCACGAAUGACCCCAAGCAACAAACGGAAAAAGCGCAUCUGUGCGUGUUUUCCCCUUCGAUUACCGCAAGGCUUUUUAUUUUAUUGAUCACGGAACUCUGGCGGCCAAACUCAAGGAAGUCGAGAUCCCCAACAGUAUCGUUAACUGGAUCCUGGAUUUCCUGUCAUAUCGGUCCCAGAGGGUGAAACUCAGCCGAGAAUGUUUGUCUGAAUGGGGAGCGGUACCAGCAGGUGUCCCCCAAGGGACUAAAUUGGGGCCGUGGCUUUUUUUGCUUAUGAUCAACGACCUCUUGACCCCCAGUGCGCUCUUUGGGAUGUGGAAGUACGUGGAUGAUACCACCUUGUCAGAAAAAGUACCGAAGGGGCAACAAAGUAGAGCACAAGAAGCAGUAGACCACGUUUCCAACUGGUCAGCGGAAAAUUUAUUCCAGCUAAACCUUGAGAAGACUAAAGAGCUUACCAUUAGCUUCCGUCGUUCCCCGGAACACUUCGACCCAGUCACAGUUGAUGGGAUACAGAUCCAAGCAACAACUUCUAGCAAGCUUCUCGGCCUUAUCAUCAACAACACACUAACAUGGAACGAUCACGUUGAUAGUUUAAUAAAGAAAGCAGCUGGGAAAAUCUAUGUCAUUGUGCAACUUAAACGUGCGUGCGUUCCAGCCGAAGAUCUUGUCUCCUACUACUGCGCAUGUAUUAGAUCUUCCCUUGACUACGCUUGUCCAGUUUUCCAUUUUUCUCUACCUCAGGAUUUACAGUCGGAGUUAGAAAGUGUUCAGAAAAGAGUUCUGGCGUGUAUUUUUCCUAGAAUGCUGUACAGGGAAGCGUUGGAGCGCGCCUGUUUGACCUCUGUCAGGGAACACCACGAAGACAUUACAAAGUCUUUAUUUAGAUCAAUCAGUAGAAUCAGGACAGUAAACUACAUCACCUAAUUCCUGAAGCCUACAGCCCUCAUUAUAAUUCCAGGCGCCAAAGAACGCACAAUGUACCAGCAGCCAAGACAAAGCGUUUUGCUAAUUCGUUUUUCGUGAAGUGUGCGGCUGUAAACAACUCAAAUUUGAGAUGAAUGAGAACCCCUUUUAAUAGAACUUUAAGCCAUCAUAUUUAUAAUUGUAUAUUAGUAGCUUGUAAAUAAAUACGCAAUUCAGUAUUUUACUGCGAUGUGAUUUAAUAACAAACCAAUCAAUCUAUUAUUACGAAUUUUUUGUCUCACAUAUAAAGGGCAGAUAGCAGUCCCUUGCAAGUCGUUUAAAAUCCAAUUGCAACAGCCCGGUCUAGGCCAAAAAAAAAUUUGCUUCAACAGUAAGGUCAACGCAACGGAAGUCAAGACGAAGCUAAAAAAAGCUACCCUAAGUUAAAUGCUGGUGGAGGAUUCGAAAUACUACGACGAGGUCUGAGCCCUUCUGAAUUAAGCAUUAUUCCUCCUCCAAAUUCAGGAUGCACUGUAAACUUUUUACGCGACUGUGCAGGAUUGGGACAAGCAAUCGCCUACAUAAGACCUGUACAGUGCAAUCUGAACCAAGAUCCCAUCGAGGCGGUUUUAGAGGAUUGCCAGGUGUGUACAAUUUUACAGGUUAAGACUGUAUCUAUCUGACAAAUCGCCUUAACUUUUUAACUCCAGAAAUGAAGAAGACAUUUGUAGGUUUAUUUUUGGUUUGCAAUUACGUUGAUGCAUGUUACCUUGACAAAACAACAUAACGAAACGUACGCUAUGAAAAUGACAAAUCACAACAGCAAAACUGCUACUCCCUAUUUCGAAAUUGAAGAAUACUAGAAUGCAAUGGCAAAAUAGCACAAUUGCAUAUCUCAAUGUCAUAACUGAAAUUGUGGAUAUCAUAAUUAAACAUUUAUUUUUGAUGGUAAUUACACCCCAUACCUAUGAAGUUUUAAGCCGUAGUAAAGGCGUAAAUCGUUAUCCCUUGUCAGCUUUUGUGCAGCCAAUUUACUGGAUCAAAUCUUUUGGUCCCCCAAAGUAUUUGUUCUACAUUAGUGGAGGGGGUGAGCGCCAGGAGAACAGGGGCUGGAGACGGCAGGAAGCGGGAGCAGAUAUGGAAAUCGCAACCUUUGGGAAGCCGAACCCAGCAAAGUUUUUGUCUACCAUUUAAUGCCCACACAGAAAGAAAAUUUCCUAUUCGUUUCUUUAUUCAAAGGUCAUAGAUGCGAUGUCAUGAAAACUCAACAAGUUUGUCGGUCUCUUGCAAGCUGUAUCAGUAGAAAAUUUUCCAGCGACCAAAGUGAAUCAGGUCAAAUGUCGUCAAAAGGCGUAAUUUCUUCCAGUCAGUUGUGUCUGUAUGUAAGAUUUUACGCCAGUAGCUAACGGCGUAAUUUCUUCCAGUCGGUUGUUUCUAAACAGGUGGACUACACUAACAUGCUAUUUUAGUUACAGUGACAGUGGUAGAAAUCUAUUAAAAGCAACCGAGAAAACACCGAAUGUAUACACGAGGUUCAUGCACAAGCGAGUAUUUUCUUGGGACAACUGACAUGUUUCGAAUAUUUUAUGUGUGCGAAGAUUUUAUUUAGCUCACGCUCACGUAUUUAGAACAACAUUUAUAGUUACAUGUAAUUUACUCUAAAAUUAUGCCAGUCGGAUAGAUUGUACAUUAAAGAACAAUAUAGGCGACAGGCCAAUUUCAGCUAAAAACACGUCGACAGAGCUGGUAUCUUUAUAAACAGCGAUUGCAUUCAGUGAUUAUUUAGUACUCUAACGAGAAAAAUAAAAUAAAAAACUUUACCUAAAACGGAGGUUUGCUCACUUAACAAUAAAGGUAGGGUAGUUUUUAAGUUAAAAUUGAUAUAUUUAAAUGAAUCAAAACAGAAGUAGAGACCAAACGCUUCGAGUUUUGUCCCAAGAGCGUGUGAUUUACAGUAGGAGUACGGCAAGAAAAUGACCGAACUCCGUGAAAACGCACGCUAUAUAUUUUGGUCUGGCGCGCUCGCUUUUCACGGGCCAAAGAUAAUAUUUUUACAUGAUAAAAACAAAGAAUUUCUCGUCGAAAAGAGCUCUUGUAUUUUAUGUACAUUCAUAUACCCCUGAUGUUAUGGUGGUCUGAAAUAUGGCAAAAUUAAGCGUACAAACGGAAUAGAAAAUAUAGUGUACUUUACGCGGGUGGUUACAAACGAAAAAAAAAAGUUCAGUUGGAGAUGAAAUAUAGUUAGAAAGCUGCUCCAAGGGAUGAAAAACAACUUAUGAAAAAAUUAAUCCAAGGUAAUUUUUCGUUGGCUUGUAGGAGCGUUGUGAAAAUGCACUGCCGGCCCGAUAGAAAUUAUGCAAAUUAGGUACGUUUUGGCCGAUUUCGAACUUUCGUAUUUUUUUGCCAAAAUAAAGACUCGCUAGAACUCUUGAAUGUCAUUUUUGAAAACAGUUCACCAAAAGGGUCUUUUGGAGGAAAUUUAAAAAAAGCUGAAUUUUUGCUUCUGUCGCCGAAUUCUUGAAAAUUACUGACAACCUCUCAUAAUAGCAUAAAAAGGAAAAAAAGGAAAGAAAAGAAAAGAAUGAAAAUUACAUCGAAAAAUACUGGUAGGGGUAACAAUUGUUGGAGUUUAAGUCUGUCCUCUUUAAAAAUCCUUCAUAGCUAACAACUGUUCAGCGAGGUGGCGGUAGCUCGCGGUAGAUAUUUACCAAGCUGCAAAACGGCGAAUUAAAUAUCCACCACUAGCCACCGAUACUGAUGUGAGUAGUUGUUUUGGUUUAUACUAAAACAGUGGGAUAAAACAGAAGAAAUUGAUUUUUUUUUAACUUAUUUAUACCUGCAACUAUUAUAAUGCUUUCGGGUGCAAAGGUUACAUAACCUUAGAUAUCGAUAUAUAAAAAAGUUGUUGAAUCAAAUCGCUCGAAAAAAUAGCAUACAAUGAACGUGAAAGAAGCAUCACACAAACUUCCUCUUUAUUCCGUUGUGAAAGAUCCAUGUCCGGAUAUAAUGUAAUACUAAUCACCUGUAUAUUUUGGGCCCUUAUAUCAGAGUAUGAGAAAAGAAGUAACAAGUUUUUAACGAGCCUCUUAUUUUCUGAACUUUGUUGUUGUAUACCAUGCAAUUACAAAUAUUUCAACUUAUUUCUGAUAGGCGGUUGAACAACAACCAGCUGAGGGAUUUACCAUCGGGAGUUUUCAGUAACAAUACCAAGCUGGAAUAUCUGUAAGUUUGGAGUCUUUCUUAAUAUUGGUGUAAGGGGAACGCAUGGAAUCCAACCUGGAAAGUAGGCAUUUUGAUGCGUGGGUGCUGUCUCAUCUUAUGGGUUAUAUCCUAAUAGAGCGGCAUUAACAUUUAGACUUAGAAAUGUCCUUUGAGACAAGCAUUGGUUUCGGAAAAUUCGUUCCGUGAUCGAUAUCCACAAAGAAAAAGAAAUUGUAAACAGGGGCUUGAGUAACAGCUAGCUGAAUGACUUGUCACGAGACAUUUUCAGCAACAAUACUCACCUGGCUUGGCUGUAAGCUAAGAUUAAUAAAUUAUGUUGUGUGCAUUUCAUUUUAAAAGGGCAGUGAUUUCCUAACAGGGACUUACAAUGAUAUGUCGAUGAUAAAUAUUACUAUUCGUCAUUAGCCGUUUUGAAAACCAAGGGUAUUCAACACAGUAACAAGUCUCACCUAGGGUGGCUGUAAGCACUUAAGUUGAUUGAUGUUGGUAUUAACAGCACAAUACGAUUUCUGAUUUAUCGAUGUAUUCCUUCCAAACUGGCGUAAAAACAGGAGUCUAACUUCUAGAAGCUCUAAUCUAACCUCUAAUCGCUCUGACGAAGGGCUAACGCUCGAAACGUCAGCUUUUUUACCCUUUACGGUGGCUAAUUUACGUUUUCAACUCAGUUGUUAACACUAAAUUACCUGUUAUACUCUCCCACCGACGCAGCACCACAGUUUCUCUAGAAACUUACCCCUUUACUAACUUCUAGAAGGUUGCAGAUGUCAAAGAAAAGCUAGAUAUAUGGCGAUAAAGCAGGGCUUGCUCUACAGCUUUAAUUUCUAUUUUUUUUUCCUUUUAUAAUCUUAUAAGUAUAUUACAUCCUGCAACGAUUUGUGUUGCUAUUUACUCCGUAGAGGAAUUUUAGUGUUCAGUUGUUUUCAAUGCUUCGAAUAAAAAACCCUCAAAGUCAUUUUGUUCUACAGUAUAGCUCGUUUUCUUAUCACAGACUUAAAAAAAGCAUCGCUUUAUUGACGCUAACAGUCUGUUUGCGAGCAUUUUAUGUGUUUCCUGACCUUCCUUAAUUGGUGUAACCUACUAAAUACCGCCUUUAAAUGAUUUUUUGUUAGGUGGUUGGACAACAAUCAGUUGAAGGGAUUACCAUCAGACAUUUUCAGCAAAAACAUCUUGCUACGGGACCUGUAAGUUUAUACUCUUCUUUAUUUAUUCAAAAGACACUUUAAAUCCAAAUCUACUGAGCAGACAAAUAAUGCUUCAUCUCUAAAUGACCGAUAUGUCCUCUUUCCUCUAAUGCUGAUGCACAGUACCCUUGGAUCCACCUCUCCCUUAUUUUGACCUCUACUCUAUGUGCUACUUCUCGUCUCCCUAAAUGAUAAUUUUUCUUCAUAAAAUGACGAGCCCUAGGAAAAAACCUUUUUAGCUGUGUGGUCACGUAGUUAGAAAUGGGUAAACAAGGAUUCGAAAUGGGCGCUCAAGUAUGUACUGCAGACAACUUUUAAUAAACGAAAUUGUUUCUUCUCUCGCCGAGAUUUCCAUAUUCACGGGCAAAUCAGCUCUCCAUUCACCGCGAUAUUAUGCAAAUGAGGGACUAUUGAAGUGGAGUCUUUUGAAAACAAUAAUUUGGAUUGAUAAAACAAACUUACGAGCACACGAUCUUGAAAGCUUACUUGAAAAAACACAUGAAGCCGGUACAAAAGGGAGGUAAAUAUCUUACAAAAAGGAGGUUCGGGGAUUUUGUGACUUAAGCUUAGAAUGAAACCAUAUUCUAUCCAUAACUGUAAAGUUAGUUUUGUUUGACGUAAAUAUAUUCGUACACUUUGGUUACCUAAUCGACUGCCGAUCAAAGUUCUCAAACUACUGAAUGAACGGAAGUUUGAAAUUUCUCUAAAAAUUCAACAAAUUGAGAGAGCCUACACAAUCCAAACCAUCAUAUGUCGACGAGGAACCGCAAAGUGAUCCAGAAGUGAUUUAUAAAUCUCAUGUCUAGCGUUCGGUGAUCCUUAACGCUGGUCUCAAAACACAGAGCCAUGGACGUUGAAACAAAAUUGAGGUCGACUGCCGGUCACGGUUCCCAAAUAACUACAUGACUUGCAGUUGGAAAUUUACCGAAAAUUUAAGGAAACCGAGAAAGCCCAUACAGUCAGAACUAUUAUAUGUUGAUUAGUAGCUUCUGCGCUCUCUCGAAGACAUUUGUAAAUCUCAUUUCUAGCGUUCGGUUUCUCUGACUCAGAAUGCACGCACUUAGAAAGUCAAUGAUAUUGCGCGGGAUGUUUUGUACGCGUUUUAAUCGCAAAAAAAGAAAAAAAAGAAAAGAAAGAAAAUAGAAGAAUAGGAAUAAAAAUUACAUCAGUUGUGAAUAUAUGGAAGUCAUAUAUUUGAACUGCGGUUAAGGACGUGAAUAUGAAAGCGAUCUUCGCAGUAAUGAACACUACUUAAGUUCAGGGUUUAUUUGGAACCAACACAGUGACCAGCUCCCACUUGGCUUGUUAGCUCUGUUGAUAGAGCAUUGCACCGGUAUCGCAGAGGUCAUGGGUUCAAAUCCCGUACAGGCCUUCUUUUCACUACUACUUAAGUAGUGUUUAUUACUGCGAAGAUCGCUUUCAUAUUCAAAAAUUACAUCAAAACAGAUUGGUCGGGGUACCAAUUGUUCUAGUUUAAGUCUUUCCUCUUUAGAAAUUCUUCAUAGCCUACAGCUAUUCAGCAAAGUGGAGGUAACUAGCGGCACCCAAAAAUUUGUUAGCAAUCAUAAAAUAGAAAUCCUGAUAGUGAUUUGUAAUAGGAAACAACACCAGGCAUUGGGAGAACGCUUUUCUCCCUGUUGAUAUCCAUUAUUUUCCGGCGCUUAAAUUAAGGUUGUCUCCGUUGUGUCCUUUUUCCAAGCCUUUUGGCUUUAAAAUAUUUUUCAAAUUUGUUAGGGGUGGCAGGAAUAUUUAGUGGAUGAGGAGUGUGUACAGCAUUGAAUCAAACGGAAUUGCCAAAAAUCUUGAGUGCACAUCUACUUUCGAAGGGUUUUUUUUCAUAUAUCCAGUAGAUAAGAUUCUCAGAAAUAUCUAAAGGAAAAUGCAUUUAGUUUUCCGGUGCAAUUUUCUCGAGCAAGAACAUAUCAAGUUUUUCCCUGAGCUUAGCGAGUGGCUUGGGGAGCUUUAGUGGAGAGUUUCUGAAGGUCUUUUACUUUAAAAUCCCUAAAACAGAGCAAUCGGUGACAUUGAUAUUGUUAGAAAAGUUUAAUUUUUGUGGUUGUUUUUGGCGUUCAAAGUGUUCUCCUCGUUUCUUUCAAACCAAAAGCUUUUAGCAAAUUAAACUUUAGGAAUUCGCCAGUAGUAGCACCAUUUGACAACAGGACGGGAAGGUAUUUCAGAUUUAUUUGAUUUUACAUGGAAAUUACAGUAGAUUUUUGAUUAAUCAGAGCGCGCGUUGUAUCUAAGUUAUGUUAUGACAUGGCGCAUUGGGCACUCUGACACUCUGCUACCAAUACUUUAUUGGGAUGUGAAAAUACUCGCUCACAAUAUAUGACUAUUUAACAAAGGUGACGAAGUCAAGAAGACGCAAAAAACUAAACUGAGCAAAACGACAAUCACGUGUUCCAAAUUAAUAACAAUUGUGUUCAUUUAAUCUCUUCAACACCUGCCUCUAGGUUGACACGAAGCAUCAAAAACCUGGGUUUAACUUGAAAGCUGUGACAAAAGUGUCACGCCAUUUCGAAAUGAAAUGGAAAAGCCAAACGUAACGUUCGGUAUUCCUGUCUAAUUCCUUGCUUUUAGUUUAUCUAAUCAAACAUCCACCGCGGGGGAAUUAUGAUAUUAAAAAGUCUCGUUGUCAUUGUGAUAUUGGCUUUCUAAGGUUCGUACUAAUACAUUACCUCCGACAAACCUUGUUGCUUCAUGCAAUGCACGUAUGUAGCGACGAACGAAAUUACGAAUUACGCCGGUACCGUCACACCGCCGAUAAAUUGUUGAUAAGUUUGUAUUUUUAAGCGUAGCGCUGGUGGGUAUUAUUGCACGUUAUUGUUCGCCGAGUAAUCACUUUGUAAAAUUAUUCCGAUUUCUUCGAGAAGUUGAAGCGCGAGAUUUUAAGGUGAACGAACGAGAAGAUAAUUUCGAGCGCUAAAGACCGUCUAAACCAAAGGGGUCUGGGGGCAGAAAAUGUUUGCAUGAAGGGUCUCGAAAAUGCAAUUUUCUGCGUUUUCUGCAGGAAAAUCUAGUUUGAUAAAUACGAAUAAAUGAAAAUGCACUUGUUCGUGGUCCAGUUUCCCCACCUCUAGUAGUGCUAUCAGUAAGGCACAAGUUUACGGCUGGCUUCAGACAGUGUUACAUACAUUUGUAGACUGGUAUCCUGCAGCUGUGUAAUUAUCUUAUUUUUUAGCAAACGACAUUUGCAGAAACGAGUUAUUUUAUUUUAUGCGGAAUUCCCUCGUCAGGUAAUGAAUUUUCCUUGAAUCACAAAAUUGAAUGAAAAUAAGAAAAAACCAAAACAGUUAUAAUCUUGUUUGUUUAUCCUGGGCGCGCGCCCCAGAAAGCCAUUUCAAAAUCAACUGUUCGAACUUUCGUUGCGUCAGCGAAUAGGAAGUAUGGUCAGUCGUACACGUUUGAAUCUUCGACGACUUUAUUUUUCCCUGUGCUUGUUUUUACAUUUGUUUUCAAACUUUUUUUAUACAACUUCACACUAUAUUAAGGAUAAUAGAUGUAUUUCACUGAGUUUACAAGCCGCUGAUCUUUAAAAUAUUUUUUCAAAUUUCCAAAUUAUUUGCUCGAGAAGGAAAACAAUUUACACCUUUUACUUCUUUGGUGGCAAAACUGAAAGAAAUAAAGUGUCCAAGCCAAAGCACUGAAAGUUUAAAAUCGCGAUGAAAGGUAUUUAUUUCUUCUUCUGUAUAUAUGACAAUCGACCCUGGCCCGUUUUCAACUCGCAAUUCCACACUAAACACUUCGCUUCGUUGACCAAUCAGAAUGAGAUAUUUUAUUCAAUUAAGCGAUUCUGAGACUGAUCAAUGGAGCUUUUAAAGUCAUUUGAGCCAACUCGCUUUGUGUGCUGAAGAAUUUUGCCUGCUACACUUCCCGAGACACUUACAAAUUUGUACACAGUUUAUGUCACUUCAUUCAUGACCAAUAGUGUAACCAAAUUCGAUAGGUAUCCGAUUUGAUGAUAACGAAUGCUGUUUUAUCAGCCUGAGAAUAAACCUACAUUUUCUCGCUCAUGAAAGUAUCUUUAACGCAUCGGUGGAAGUUAAAUAGGAACUGGUCUUAAAACUGGAUGAUAAACGGUUAUAAACAAAAUACGAGUGUGUUUUUUUUUAAUUUCUGCUCCCGCUUUCUGCCCUCAAAUAGAUCCCUCUCCUGCCCUCUGCUCUCCCGAGCUCCCGCCCCCGUCCCCCCUGUCCCCCCUGUCCCACUUGUCUCCCUCCACUAAGGCCAAAAACCUAAGUAAAAACUGACAACCUCACAGAUAAAGGUCUUACCUCAGUGGCACAGUUCGAAGAGGCCGCCUCUGCGCAUGUUCAAAAAUUAAAUUUCCCUUAUGGAAACUCAGAUUGUGCCGAGUGUCAAACAGUCGCAACACCGGAAAAUUUUCCCUUCUCUUUUCUGCCAAAGUCUCUCUAUUCCAGACAUUCUCUAUUAUUAGUUCAAUAUUUUCCCCUUUCAAACUUCUUUUGAUAUCUUUUAUAUUUUAGGCCCUUCUAUCAGAGCAUGCUAAAAGAAGUAACAAGUUUUUUUCUAGCCUCUUAUUCUCUGAACUUUGUUGUCGUAUACCAUGCAAUUGAAAAUAUAUUGACUUAUUUUUGAUAGGCAGUUGAACAACAACCAGCUGAGGAAUUUACCAUCAGGCAUUUUCAGCAACAAUACCCAGCUGAAGUGGCUGUAA